AUGGUGGAGCCCUUCUUGGGAACCUAGAAACUAAUCUCCAGUGAAAACUUUGAGGAUCACAAAAAAGAUACAGGAACAAAUUCUGCACCUAGGGAGUCAACAGGAUCCGUAGAGGAAAAGGUCGUUACAAGUGCAGAGGGGGACACAAUAACCAUCCGAACAGAAAGUAUCAAGACCACAGCUAUCUCCUUCAAUCUGGGAGAAAAAUUUGAUGAAACCACUGCAGACAACCAGAAAGUUAAGAGUAUGGUAACAUUAGAUGGUGGCUCAAUGAAAUAUAUCCAGAAAUGGCUGGACAAAGAAAAAACAAUUGAAAAAAAGUUUAUAAUUGGAAAAAUUGUAGAGCCUAGUGAAUCUAUCACCGUUGAUUACGAGUUAACCCUCGCAGAAUGGCAUGUUACUAAACACCAGUCGCAAAUGUCUAAAUGUCAGGAAACCACUCAGUCAUUCAACAAGCUAUUUCUCCAUGGCUACCAUAUGUCUGGCAGUAUCCUGGGCUGGGGAGCAGUAAUCCAGCAGGCAAAGCGUUCACAGCGCCUUUGA